UCCGGCACCGCGGCGCUGGACCUUGUUCCCGACGACGCCCUGGUGAAAUGGAAAAGUCAGAGCCAGAGGAUAGAAAAGACUCUGAGUGCGAGGUGGAGAUGGCGGAAGGCGCCCAGGCCCCAGACUGGGACAGUGAUGAGACGGUGAUAGACGGGUCGGUGACAGAGAGCGACCAGGAAGAAGAGGAGCUGCCCUGGAGAAGGCUACUCUUUGGUCAAGAUGCAUCUCUUGGAUCUGAGUUCAGUCUCCAUCCUGGUCUAAAUGGAAUAUACAAAGGCAUACCUUCUCCAGAGAUUCAGCUUGGAUUCAAACUCAGAGAGGAUCCACAAGAGCAAAUAAAUAAAAAUAAGAUGAUGCCUGUGCUUUGUGAGGAUGCAGUCUUACAGCAACCUCAAGAUGAAAUGGAACAAAAUGAAGCUUUGUUACACUGUCCAGUGUUCACUGUGUCAUUUCCCCCAGCUGAACUUUCACUGAACCACCAAAGUAUUGGAGGGCUUGAGCCUGAAAAUCCUGAAGUGUUACCACACACAAAAAAGGAAACAAGUACAGAUGGAGACUCUUGUGAAAUAAGCCUUCUUUCAAGUAUUACUAUUAAAGAAUAUGAUACAUUUGCUGUAGAGGAGAAAUCAUUAAUAGAACCAGAGAAGGUCUUGGCAGUACCAAAUACAUUUUCUGAGCUUGGAAAGGAAGUCACACUGACCAUGACUUCUGAAGAAACCAAAGAUGAAGAAAGCUCUCUCGAAACUUUUGUUUCUGCCUUAGAAGGGUUACUGGCAUCACCAGAAGCUACCCAGGAGGAAAGACUGUUUGGCAUAAUGAGUGACUUUGAACCUAGAGAGUUGAUGAACCCACUGAACUGCUCUCCAAAUUCCGUUUCAAUACCCUUGACCUGUCACAGAGAUUUACUAGAAAACAAAAAGGAGGAUGCCUUGCCAGCUGAGUUGUUAGCAUCCCUAAAUGCAUUGUCAGAAGCCAAGGUGGAAGCUGUCUAUCACAGAAAAGAGGGAGGCAUCAGUCUCAGUGCUGAAAAUGAAUGUUUGGGAGUGGAGCCUUGUCUUUCUCAGAUCGAUGAAGAUUGUACACAAAUAGGAGAGGUGAAUUUUGAGACUCUUUGUUCUGCUCCACCAUUUGAACAAGAUUCCAAGUUAGCUGAGCUGCAGGACAAGCAUCUUUCAGCACAGCAAACUCUAGAAGACCCAAAUUUAUUUGGAUUGGAAACUUUGGUUCAUCAAAAUGUCAACUCUUGUGAUCCACUAAAUAACAAGGGAAAUUUAAAUCCAGCAAAAAACAACUCUGACCAGGAUACCCCACUUGUGUUAAGGAGAUCGUCCAGACUGAAAGUAGGCAAAGAUGCAAAGCCCACAACAGAUGACAUGUUUAAGAUGCCAGAAAAGAUUUCACCCAAAAUACUUGGCUGUGAGAAUCAAACAAAUAAUAACUCUUCAACUGAGAAUUUCAGAACACGGAGUCCUGCUUUAAGGAUUGAAGGUAAAGGGAAGACCAUGCGUUCAUCCAGACUCAAGAGUGAGGAACAGAUCAGGAAAAACAGAAAACUUUCAGGGAAAAAUGAAAAAAAGAAGAUGAAUGAAUUAUCUCUUUCUAAGAUUAACCGGAGAAACAUUUUUGGAGAGAACUUGCUGUAUAAGGCUGCUCUGAACAAUGAUACUGAUCUUGUUCAUCACUGUAUAAAAAAAGGUGCAGAUGUUAAUCAACCAAGUCAUGCUGGUUGGACAGCACUUCAUGAAGCUAGCUUAGGAGGAUUUUAUCCGAUAGUGAAUGCACUGUUAAAAGGUGGAGCGGACGUAAAUGUCAGAGGAAUGUACCAGAUCACUCCCUUGCAUGAUGCUGUGAUGAAUGGACAUUAUAAGGUGGUAAAGUUACUUCUUUUGAAUGGAGCAGAUCCUUUAUUCAGAAAUGCCAGUGGAGAGUGUGCUUUGGAUGAGGCCAAAGACUCAUGUAUGAAGCGUCUCCUUGAGAGAUACGUUCCUAAACAUCAAAAACAUCUUAUAUCAGCUCUAAAGAACGACACUGAUCCCUCAGACAUAGAGGAUGCGCACCAGCACAAGAAACCAAAAUUCAGUUCUAAAAAUCACAGUGGGUUUGUUUGUGAUGAAAAUUCCAACAGACAGAAGCCAGAAUAUGUAAAAGUCAAUAAAGGAAGCAAAGAAGGUUUAUUUAUAACUAAAGAAGAUGUAUAUGAACAUCACCAAAAAGAUUCCCCAUACACACAACUUGGUAAAUCCAAGCGUAAGCGAUCAACUCUUAAGCAGAUAUACUCUACAGGACGCAGAAAGGACAAUUUCCAUAAUGCUGAGAAUCUCAGGACAAAAGUGUCUAAAGAUAAAGAAAGAAGAGGUACACAGUGUAAAAGGACUCAAGUGGAUGAUGCAGUCCACGAAAGCAGUCCAAGAAAGACAAAGACGACAGCUGUCUCUUCUUCCAGAGGAGUAAACCAGGUGGUUACUUGUCGGCAACAUAUUCUGCAGACCUUUGAUGACCUUUCAGAAGAGUCAUGUAAAUCUUUUAGCCCAGUUCUCUCAGGCCUGAAAAAUGGUUUAGGUAACAAUGUUGAAACUUGGUCAGUUUCUGAGGAGACAUGUACCCAGAGCCUGAAUUUAUCAGAUAGUCAAGAAAUAAAAUUUGUGGCAUUAGAAUCCAUUGACCAAGCUGAAGCUGUUUAUUUCUCAGGACUUUCUUUACAUAAAAAUACCAAGUUUACAGAUCAGGAGCCUCAUACUCACCAAGAAGAACAGCAUAUUAGCCCCUAUAAAUCUCAUGCAAACAGUCAAUCAGGUCAAAAAGAUGAGAGCCUUAGUAAGUGGGAAAAAAUUUCCCCAUCCUUUACAAAAGAACAUUUUAAUAAUGAUGAUGGUGAUUCCUGUGCUACUGAGGAAACUGUAACAUCUAAAAAGGUGAUAAUUUCUUCAGGUUGCAAAAACCAUGAGAAUUAUGAAGAGAAUAUAACAAUUAGCGAAGAAAUGGAUUUUCAACAAUUUUUAUAUUCUGAAGACCGUUUUUCACAGGAAAAUGAGUUAAAAGCAGGCAGCCUGGCCAUACUUCCACAACAGAAAGCUGUUAAUUUUUCUAAUUCAGAUAAUGUAAUAGUUUCUGAACAUGUUUCAGAUUAUGAACCAUGCACAUGUGGAACUUCUUUUGAUCACUCACAAGGCAGUGCUGAGUGUACUUCCCUGGCUUGUACAAGAACACUCUCAACAAAAGAAGUUUCAGAGUUGACUAGUCACAUGGAGCUCUUUGAGAGCCCUCAGGAUUGUAGUCCUAGCACACCGACUCAUUUAAGGAAUCAAACCGAUCCACAUACUGUGGAAAAGGAAGAAAAGGAAGUCAACACUAAGAGGAAUUACACUGACAGAGAGCAAAAAACAAGUUCCUCACAUAGCCCUUUAUCCACAGUUGUUCAUUCUCAAGUAUUAGAAACAACUAAGGUUGAAAAAAGGAAAGAAGAAAGCAAAACCAUACCUGAUACAGAUUUUUAUUCCACAGACAGUAUCAAUAAAGAAUUGACCAGCAUCUCACAACUUAGUCAAAGAGAAGAGAAGGAAAUUUCUCACAAACCAGGUGAGGAAUUAACUAAUAAUAUCAAUGGAGAUGAAAGCACUAUAAGAAAUUGUGAGGAUAAAAAAGAAAAAACAGAUUUAGAAAUUCACAUGUCUACUAGUAUCCAAGGACAUAAAAAAGUUCAGAAUAUCAGAAAAAGACAAAAUUUCUUGAAAGCUACCUGUAGCCAAGAAAUGAAAACAGCUGGGAUCAAUAAGAGGCAUGCCAGAGGGGAAAGCCGGCUUCAUUUGGCUGCCAGAAGAGGAAAUUUGUCCCUGGUGAAAGCUCUAAUAGAAUCUGGAGCAGAUGUGAAUCUAAAAGAUAAUGCAGGUUGGACACCACUUCAUGAGGCAGCUAGUGAGGGAUGUAAUGAUGUAAUUGUAGAGCUGUUAAAAGCUAGUGCUAAUGUUAAUUGUGAAAAUGUAGAUGGAAUUCUGCCCUUACAUGAUGCUGUUGCAAACAGUCAUUUAAAGGCAGCCGAGAUUCUACUGCAGCAUGGAGCAAACCCCAAUCAAAAGGAUCAGAAGCAGAAGACUGCUUUGGAUAAAGCAGAUGAUGAAAACAUGAAAGACCUGCUAAAAUCUUAUGGUGCUAUUGAGACUCAUAAUAGAGAUGAGACUGAUGCUGUAGUCACUGUUCCUGCUAUCCGGUUAAAAAAACAAAAACAGUGUUUUUGUGAGGACUGCAAAACUUUCGAUACACAUUCUCUUUCACAUCAAAAGAAAACAGAAGAAAAUCUUCCUGUGCAUCAGACCAUCAGUUCCAUUCUACAAGAUAUAGAAGAAAAACAAGAAAAUUUAUUACAGUUUGAAAUAAGAACUCCUGAAGAUGCAGAACAAUACAUUGAUAAGAUGUUAAAGAUAAAGGAGGUUAUGGACGACGUGCUUGCCAAGCAGAAGGCAGAAAGGGAUGAUCUAGCUAAAAAAUACAGGGUGUCCAUUGAAUCAUUUAAGCACGGAGUGCUGAGAGAACAACUAGCUAACUUGGCCACAAGACAGAAGAGCCUGUUACUUGUAGCAAAAAAACAAAAAGAAAUAAGCCAGAAAAUUCACAACUAUAAGAAUGUUACUUCUUCGUCAGAUCAUAGUUUCAGGAAGCUGCCGUGCAGCUCAGAAAUCUGUAAUGAAAAGGACAGCCGAGAGUUUGCCGGUCUGGAAAAUUCAGUGCAGCCCCAGUCAGGUUCACUUUCUCCUGUCAGGCCUAUUUGUGGAAGCAUGCAGAAAACACAGUUGUGUCUGGAAAUCUGGCAUGAUAGACAAAAUAACAACACUAGUCCAAAAUCAAAGGCAGUGAGAAGGGAAGAAUUUUGUGGAAAUGAGAUGAAUUCUAAACGAAAUGUCAAUGACUGUACCUCGAAUGGAUUAUCAAAAUGCAGACAUUCAGAUGGCACUAAAAAGAUUAAAUUAUCAUCCCAUCCUGUUAAUUUUAUUGCUCAAGCAGAACAUUCACAAAAAGAAAGUGAUCUUACAGAUACUACAGCCCAAGGGCAUGCGUCCUUUGGUCCUUCAGCAUUAACUGGCACAUUAAAUGUUUCAGAAACCACAAGUUUACUUGACCACAGUGAUGCCCAUCCAUCAACUGUUAUUUAUGAUCAGGCUCUUUGCAGUUGUGAUCUGAAAAAAGGAAGCAGGAAAACAGCUUCCCAGCAACCAUCUAGGGGGACAUCAGAAUCCCUGGCACAUCAAGAAAAUGAUGUCUUCUUUGGCAGUAACACUGGGCGUCAGGUGAAACCAUAUCCUAAAAAAUCACUUCUUGCGGUUCCACAUGCAGAUAGCAGUCAGAGCUCCUCUUCUUCUGGACCUGGCCAUCAAAAUACUAUCAAAAAGCCGUUAAACUCCAGCACAUCUCCUAAAAAGAAACGUAUGCAGAUAAAGGAUCUGAUAUUGCUAGGAAGAAUUAAUCCAGGAAAUAACAUUCUGGAAUUUAAAACACAGGAUACUACCCACAAAGCCAGUGUUUUAUUGAGUGGCAAAAUAAAGGUAGAAAAUGGUCAGAUUUAUCAAAACCCAGUCACCUGGCUUAAGGAUCUUCUAGGAGGCGAAAGUUAUGUGACCUGGAACUAUGCUUGGAGUAAGAUAACAUAUCAGGGAAAGGAGCUUAUAAAGUAUGUGUCUGAGGAGUUACCCAUGCCUCCAGACCCAGAUGUGCUACCUCAGCAGCAUCAGCCUUGUCUUUCAGGAACUUCAGGAGGGUCAAUGCAAAGCAUUCCACAAUAUCUUCAUAUAAAUGAAAUACUGUUAAUCAGCGAUCAAGAAUUUCUCCCAUGCCAUAUAAUGGAUAAGCAUUGGAAGUUCUAUGUGGAAUGUGAGGAACUAACAUUCUAAAGCCUUGUUGUCUUAAUAAUGUGUUAGGUAAUUGUUCAUAUUAUUAACCAAUGUUCCUGUUUUGUCUCAUGUGGGCUGGUGAACCUAUUUAACACACACUUUAUGAGUUGCUGCUUAA